GGAUUCGGCAUUUCAUGCAGUUUUCUUACGACCUCAAGCUUUUUCAUAAUCUUCUCAGUUUUAAUUCUGCAGAGAUAUUGCAAUAUUGUGAUCGAGACUUGACAGGUACCCAAGUGCAAGAUAGGCCCUGAUAGUCCGCUCAAGUUUGAGCAGACAAGUCUCAUUACUCUCUCCUCAUCCAGAUUCCUCUUCAAACAUGCCCUACAAUACCACAGCCAUCCCUCCUCGAAAGGAGCCGACAGGUCAGACCCAACUACCACUGUCGAGGGUAAAGAAGAUAAUUGCCCAAGACCCCGACAUUGGCAUUUGCUCCAACAAUGCUGCUUUUGUGAUAACCCUCGCUGCUGAAAUGUUUGUUCAACAUCUCGCCGAGGAAUCACACACUCAGGCAAAGCUUGAUCGGAAGCCCCGUCGAAACAUUCAAUACAAGGACGUUGCAAACGCCGUCUCACACCAGGACAACCUCGAGUUCCUCGAAGACAUCGUCCCCAAGACAGUCACCUACAAGAACAUCAAGGCCGCCUCCAAAGCGACACAGGCCCGUCUGCGCGGUGAGAAUGUCGCCCAGGCCCCUAUCGCCAACGGCGCCAGCAAGACCCUCGUCAACGGUACUGGUCGUCCGCGCGCCGACUCGAAGCAGGGCGAUCCAAACGAGCAGCUCGAGCUUGAGAUGAGACAGGCGGCCGGGGCGAACCGUGACGGCGACGUGACCAUGUCUGGAUAGUUCCGGACGGUCAUGGACUUGAGUGAAGCAUGCAAGUCGUAGCUUUGAUAUCACGUCAUGUACACUAGAGGAGCAAAAGAAGUUGAUAAUACAGCCUCAAACACCGAUGUUGCAACAGCU